AUGUGUCAAGGGCCGCCGCUCGUCAAGGCUCCCGCUCGUCAGCAACACAACUUCAGGCUUGAUUUCCUCGCCUCAAGAGAUCCGCCUGCGUCUCGAUUGCCCCCUCGCCCCUCAACUCUUCUAUCCCGCAACUCACGCACUCGUCUGCGGCCGCACCCCCCGGGUCACGCCCGCGAGUCGCUCACACCUAGCAUUCGAUCCGCAUCAAUGCUCCGAUCUGAUGCCAUGGGACGAGGGACUGACGAGGUCGGCAUCGACGCACCCAGGUUUCGACUCGAAUCGACUCGUCUCGGAUUCGGCGUCGCCAAGCCUGUCGAGGCCUCGCUCGUCUCGCUCAACUCGGUCACGAGCUCGCAAGCGCGCCUCUUUUCCCGCAAGACUCGGAAAGUUUCCGGCAUCGAUAUCUUCAUGUUGAACAUUAUUCAUUUGGCUGACAAGGGCGACAUCGACGUACCCAAACUCGACCCGUUCACUCGCAGAGAGAGGUGCGUCGGUCUUUCGCUCGAGCUGCCCAACUUCUACCGCCGCGCGCAGCAAAUCGCAAGGAUCACGGACGAGACGAGCAAGGAGAUGAUCAAGAAGCCGGAAGACCUACUACAAGAAGUACCGGCUUCAAUCCGCUUUUUCUCGUCGGGCGCACGAUCCGCUUCCACUCGCGAAGGCAAGAGGUGA